AUGUCGAACGCAGCUCGCGACGCGGCUUACAGUGAAAACACUCGGAAAGCGCUGUCACUUGAUGCGCCGGCCCAGGGGAGCUCGACAUUGGAUGCACAAGAUGUCAGUGCUGGGCGGGCGGAAGGGAGCUCGAGUGUUGAAGGGGAAGUCGAUGCGCCAGAGUGGGAAGUGCCCCUGGCAAUGCUCAGAGAUCUGUACCUGCCCGCAUCAGCCUUGGCGGGCGGCACGUCAAUUGGAGCGACUUAUCCAUCCCCCAAAACGCGAUCGGAGCUCGAGAAUGGCAGCGCCUCAAGAGCUUCUUCCAGCCCGAGCAGUCAAAGGGUGUCGAGUGCUCAGGAUGGUUCGUUGCGCAUCUCCAGCUCCUCUUCAUCUCCGAUUCCUGCGAUGCGAGACACGAGACCUCGAACUUCCUCUUCGCUCAGCCAAACGUUCAACUACACCUCCGACGAAGAGAUGGGCUCAUGGCACACUCUUGCUGGAUCGCCGCGCUUCAAUCGAGUCGUGCUGGAGUCACAGAUGAACCGGCCUCCGUCUGCGGGAAAUGGUAGGCUUAGAAAUGACUCGCAACCUCAAAGCGUCGGGCUAGGCGUUUCGACCGGUGAGUGGGAAAGGACUCGGAGUGACGAGGGGCUCGCAACAGCGCAGGACCGUCACUGACAGCGAGCUCCUUGCAGCACCGUCAUCACUGCCUCCUUCACAGUCCCUACAGAGCCUCGAGAGUACUUCCUCUCUUAGAAGCCUCGCAUCCAGCGGUCUCAUGAGUAGCAAGUCCCGCAGAGACCUCAUGAUUCAGCACAGCCGCAGUGCCAGCUGGUUGCCAGCUACCAGGCGCUUGCCGGAGCCAGAGCGCAAGAGAAUUCUCGUUACUGGCGGGUGAGUCGCACGUCGAUGACGAUGUGACAUAUCUUUGCUCACCGUACGUUGUCCUCAGUGCCGGAUUUGUGGGUUCACACCUCGUAGAUCGGCUGCUCCUCAUGGGGCAUGACGUCAUCGUCAUGGACUCAUUCCUCACUGGAGCGAGAUCAAAUUUGGAGCAAUGGGAGGGUCAUCGUUCCUUUGAGCUCCUUAGACACGAUGUCAUCGAGCCAAUCUUGGUUGAAGUGGACCAGAUUUACCAUCUAGCUUGCCCUGCCUCUCCUCGGCACUACCAAGCCAACCCCAUCAAGACGCUCAAGACGAACUUUCUGGGGACUUCUAACAUGCUCGGGCUGGCCAAGCGCACCAAGUCCACACUGCUGUUAGCGAGUACGUCGGAAGUGUAUGGCGAUCCUCAGAUCAACCCCCAACGUGAGGACUACUGCGGCAAUACGAGCUGCGUUGGGCCACGAGCUGCAUACGACGAAGGAAAACGCGUAGCGGAAACGCUCACCAACGAGUAUAUGAAAAAGGACGGCGUGGAUACGAGAAUCGCGCGCAUUUUCAACACUUAUGGACCGCGCAUGCAUGCUGCGGAUGGGCGUGUGGUUAGCAACUUUGUCAUUCAAGCGCUCAAGGGUUUGCCGCUUACAAUGUAUGGGGAUGGAAUCCAAACGCGAAGCUUCUGCUUCAUUCAUGUGCGUCGCAGCGUCACAAGCAUAAAGAUUCGUGCUGAUCCCUCAACCCUGCGCGCAGGACCUGAUCGACGGCCUGAUAGCGCUGAUGAGUGUCCAUCCUGGUGAAGAGGGCAAGGACAUACAUUUUCCAGUCAAUUUGGGAUCCUCUUUCGAAUUCACGAUCGCGGAGCUAGCAACCAUUGUGGCAGAGGUGGUGGAUGAGCUGCUGGCAGAGGAGCGACCAAAAACGGAGAUAAGGUAUCUUCCUCUUCCUAUUGACGAUCCCAAGCAGCGACGACCCGACACAACUAGAGCAGAAGGUCUCAUCGGCUGGAAUCCGAGGUGGAAGCUCAAAGACGGACUUCGGGAAAUGGCUGCCUACUAUCACGCCCGCAUCCUGGACGGCUCUCUGUAA